GCGAGCCCGAGGAGGCGCAGGCCUGUCCCGGGUCCUCGCAGGUCUGUGCUUCUGUUGUUCCCAGUGCUCUGCAGGGCCUGAAGAGAGGAGCAACCCGCCCAGGAUCCCUGCAGGUCAGGGAAAUCUCGACAUGGAAAAACCCUACCGCAAAAAUGAAGGAAAACUGGAAAACGAGGAAAAGCCAGAAGACGAAGUAGAGCCUGAAGAUGAARGAAARUCAGAUGAAGAAGAAAAGCCAGACGAGGAGGGGAAGCCAGCAAGGGAGGGAAAGCUAGAAGAUGAGGGAGAGCCAGARGAGAAGGGACAAUCGAAAGAUGGGGGCAAGGCAGAAAAGCAGGGCAAGUCGGAAGGUCAGAGCAAGCCACCAGGGGAGGGCAAGCCAGAAUCCCAGGCAAAGCCAGCCAGCGAGCCUAGGGCCGCCGAAAAGCGCCCCGCUGAAGAUUAUGUGCCCCGGAAAGCCAAAAGAAAAACGGACAGGGGCACCGACGAUUCCCCCAAGGACUCUCAGGAGGACUUACAGGACAGGCAUUUGAGCAGUGAGGAGAUGAUGAGAGAAUGUGCAGAURUGUCAAGGGCUCAGGAAGAGCUAAGGAAAAAACAACAGAAAAUGGGUAGUAGUUUUCACUGGAUGCAAAGAAAUACUCAGGAUGCAUUCAACCCAAGGGGCCAGCGGGGUGUCAGGGGAGUGAGGGGCGGAGGUAGGGGCCAAAGGGGCUUACACGACAUUCCCUACCUUUAAUGCCUUUGGUCAUGGAUUCAGACUUCUCUGAUGAGAUAUUGCCGGCCCUGCUUUCCCUGGUAGAUACUUGCCAGGUCCUGUGCUUUAACCUUAAGCUGAUAUUUUGCUUUAGGUGUCACUCUUGUUACCAGCAGCCUUUUGACCCAACUACAGCGCUCUUUUAGUACAGGAUUUUCACCCAUGUGCAUG